UGAUCUCGAACGUAAGAAAACUGGUACUGUUGCCAUGCACGUUGAAGAAGAGUCUUUCCUAGACAGAUUAACCUACUUCUCAAGCUACAUCAAGUUGGUUAGAAUGUUGUGCUGGAUGUUACGAUUCAAGAAAAAAUCGACAUCGAAGGAACUAACUUACGAAGAGUUCGAAUACGCUGAGAAUACACUAAUAAGGUUAAUACAAAAUAAGUGCGUAAACUCUUUAAUAAAUAAUCAAAACAUACAAACCUUUGCGGAUAAAAAUGGCAUUUUACGUCUAAACACGAAACUGUCACUUGGUAAUGAAAAUUACAAUUUCAAGUUCCCCGUGAUCCUUCCUGGUUCUGAUCCGAUAGUUCGGCGUCUAGUUGAGUAUAGGCACAUCGAGCUUAAGCACACUGGAGCACAAACGUUACUCAAUAAUCUACGUCAAAACUUUUGGAUUAUCGGUGUCAGGAAAUUAGUCCGUAACGUUAUACAUCGCUGUAUAAGAUGCAAAAGAUUUAAAGCAAAACGAUGCCAAGCACCCACUGGAGUUUUACCAAAGGAACGAAUGGAAGCGAGCACGGCAUUUCAACAUUCGGGCGCCGAUCUAGCUGGACCUUUGACUUUACGCUCUGGUGCAAAGGCGUGGAUCGUUCUAUUUACCUGUGCUACCUACCGUGCUGUGCACCUAGAAGUGGUGGAGUCGCUGUCAACAGGGACGAGUACAUAAGUUCACUCGUACAAAAGCGUGAGCGGAAUGGACCUGUACAACUUCAGCCUGGAGACGUCGUCUUGGUGGAGACUGAAGAUAAGCGUGUGACAUGGCCACUGGCCAUAGUUGAAGAGGUUUACCCUGGUGCUGAUGGCAUGAGUAGAGUGGUUCGAGUUAGAACUGCAGCCGGAACAAAGGUGAGACCUGUACAACGCAUUUUUCCUCUUGAGUUAAACUCUCAUGACCGACUUGACUCGUCUUUUAGGCUAGUUGAUACUGACUGUACUAGACAAACACAAACAGAGACAAAUGAUAGUAGUGAGGUACGAUCGACACGAGCCAGAAGGUUGCCACAACAUCUGUUUGACUAUAUUCUGGACUAGAGUAGCUUAACCUUCCGGUUCUUCCCGUUUGGGAGUGUGACGUAUUCUGCUCCGCAUUACAAAAAGGUUUUAUUUAUGGUUUACUUUUCAUGUAUUAUUUUCUAUUUGGUUUUAGAACCAUGUCACAGUAAAAUAGAAUAAUUUGAAAUGUAUGUAACCAUGGCAGUCUGAAAAUAUCGUCGUAACAGCGAUGACCUAUUAAUUGUUAUUCUUUAUAUAUAUUUUUGUGUUCAGUUUA